CCUUACCCCCUUAUUUGAAUACAGGGAUUUCCUGGUCCUUCUCCCGUACGAACUCACAGUGCAUUUACUGUCGUUUUUGGAUGAAAAGUCAUUGGCUACAGUUGCGCUUGUCUCCAAAGCCUGGAGCAAAUUUGCAUCCGACAACACAGUUUGGAAGGGACUUUAUUUCAAACGAGGCUGGAAAGUGAACGAGGACAUGGUGGAUUGGUACCUGACAUGGGCAGACAUGGAAGAGCAAUGGCUCCUAGGCCCAAGGGGAAUUCAAACACGCAACUGUCGGCGCCGUCCGUGACGACUACUCUCUCAAGUCCACUCAUGGUGAAUAGCUCGACCGGACCUAUUUUUGAGACGAGGCAGCCACCAAUACCUAAGCGCAUUGAUUAUCUGGAUCCCAACGCGCCGCUUCCACCAGAAGUUUUAAGUGCAGACGCUCUUCAUGUGCAUCGCCACCCUGUGACUAAGCGGCCAAUGAUCAACUGGAAAUUCCUCUGUCAGCAACGCAGACUGCUGGAACAAAACUGGAAUCGAGGAAUUCACUUUGCGAAGGAGCUCCCAGGACACACAGAGGGCAUCUAUUGCAUUCAGUUUGACGAUAACAAGAUCAUUAGUGGCAGCCGUGACAACACUAUCAAGAUCUGGGAUCUUGCGUCAGGACUUUGCCUAAGAACAUACUCGGGCCAUAGUGCCAGUGUACUUUGCCUACAGUAUGACGAGAGCCGGAUCGUGAGUGGGAGCAGUGAUACCUCCAUUAUUGUUUGGGACCUCGAUAUAGGCAAGGUGCUUCGGCGAUUGACAGGACAUGCGGACAGUGUUUUGAGCCUCCGAUUUGAGAAGGACAUCGUGGUCAGCUGCAGCAAGGACCGGACUGUCAAGAUUUGGAAGAUCAGCACAGGCGAGAUGAUCAGAACGCUGAUUGGCCAUCGUGCUGCUGUCAAUGCUGUUCAGUUUUCACCUGAAUCUGCCGCUCCAUCGCCGUUUGCGGGAAGUCCCAGGGUGGUGGUUUCUGCUAGUGGCGACAAGACCAUCAAAAUAUGGUCUUUUGAGACUGGCGAGUGUUUGCGAACUUUGGAGGGCCAUGCUCGAGGUAUUGCCUGUAUUCAGUUUGAAGACAACAUCAUUGUCAGCGGGAGCUCUGAUCGGUCCAUCAAGAUCUGGGACAUUACAAGGGGCGAAUGUGUUAAGACGCUGGUUGGACACGAUGGGCUUGUCAGGACGUUACAGUUCACCGGAGGAAGGAUCAUUAGCGGGGGUUAUGAUGAGACACUCAAGAUUUGGGACCAGGAGACAGGCAAGUUGCUUGCAGAUAUGGAUGGUCGACACUCUCACCGCGUCUUCAAACUGCAGUUCAAUGAUUCCAAGAUUGUUAGUUGCUCACAAGAUCAAAAGAUCAUCAUUUGGGACUUCGCCGUGGGCGUCGAUACUACAUUUUUGAUGUGACGAAUGCCCUCUUCACGCCCUUUUUUGAAGCACCCCUACAAUUCUAUGCAUCUUGCAUUUAUAUACCAUGGAUUGCAACCUACAGCUUGCAUCCAUUACCCUUCGGUCCGCAGGACUGUCACUGUCGCAUUGUUAUUCUCGCUGUGUAAUUUAGGAGCCAUUGUAUCGCUCUUCAUUGUAUCAAG